AGUACACGUCGUGAUCAUUCGUUAUGUGGACAACAAGACAGAAAGCACGUAUCUAUAUUUAUCCAAACUCGUACGCGAGCGAUUAACGAUGGCUGCUUGAUAAAUGGUGUGACCUUCACGCGUGCGAAAGCUUAGGCUUAGCACAAAGACAACUUUAAUAUAUAAUCAUGGCGCUUUACCCGCAAUUCAUCGAGGCCUUGGCCACCACUUCACAAUUUUCACAAGAAACCCCCCUAUUUAGUAAAUUUUUAACCACCAACAAUGGAUAUGGAAGUUCUAGAGAUGGAGCAGUUCCCAUUGUUCGAGGAUUUGGCAGUGCUGGACGAAGUCGAUUCGUCCACCAUCUCGCCGGAGUAUGAGGACAAUGGGGAAAAGUAUUUCCCUGGUAAUGACCCAGCUCCCAAACUGGUUAUUGACCAGGCCGGCAAGGAAGUGCUGGACGAACUCCUCCUUCUGAGUCAAGAUGAUCCAUUGGACCUUGACUGGAUGGAGACCGGAAGUCUCGAGCAGUUCCUUGAGGGCAUGGGAGCAGGCCAAAACACUCCGACGACGCAAGAGGUCGAAAAAGCCAGCGAGCCAAUCAUUGUGAUAAAAGACACAAAUGUAAACCACAGUGUUUUACAUGAUUUGCUCACACAACCAAUUACAAUUAAACAAUCUCCACCGGUUAGAGUGAGUCCUACACCUGUGGUUCAGCAAGAGUUGUCUCAUCUUGAUUUACUAGAUGAAAGUGUUCAUUUGACUUCACUUCAGUCUGUUGCUGCGAGUUCCAGCAGUGACAUGAUUGAGGUACCAGCAGAAAUCUCAUUUGACUCGGGUUACGGAGUUACGAGUCUGAACACUUCAUCCUCCUCGCAGCAUGACUUACUUGAUGUUGGAAGUGUUGAUAGCCUUAUCAGUUCUCCUCUCUCUGCAGAAGAAAUAGACAGUUUGUUAUCAGGAUCGGAGCCGUCCUCACCGAGUAGCCAGAGUGAUGGCAACGACCCGGAUUACUCCCCCCAACAAAGCGAUGAUGAGGAUUAUAAACCAAAGUCACGGUCCAGUGGGAAACAGAAGACCAAACAAAGGAGAUCUGGGCCAUACAGUACUACGGCAGAAAAUCGGAAGGACAGGAAACGAGAUCAGAACAAAAAUGCAGCAAUUCGAUACCGCAACAAAAAGAGAGAGGAGGCAGAUGUUCUCAAAAAAGAAGAGGAAAAACUUGCAGAGAAAAAUAAAGAACUUAAUGAUAAAGUCAGUCAGUUGACUCGCGAAAUUACAUAUAUGAAAGACUUGAUUUCAGAAGUUUGUAAAGCUAAAGGAUUGAAAGUAACGUUCAAAAACAAAUCUCAUUAAAUU